GUUUUUUCUACUGCCAAUCUUUCUAUGGAAGCUAAUUCUUAUAUAAAUACAACCUCCUUGGGUGGACCACCACCUUCUCAGACUAGUGGUAUGCCAGUGACCCAUGAUGGAGCUGGUGGAGGGCAUGGUGGUCGAGGCGCAUCCUGUCUAAAAACUAAUCACACUAAUUUUUGGGGUGGUGAUGUUUAUGCCUGGUCUACUUUGUUUGCACCAUGGAGCUACGGAAGUAAAGGUGGUGGAACAUCUGCUGAACAUAAGUUUGGAGGAAGUGGGGGUGGACGUGUUAUGCUUGAUGUGAAGGACACUCUAUAUUUGAAUGGAUCUGUAACAGCGGAAGGAGGGGAUGGAGGAUCUAAUGGGGGAGGGGGAUCUGGUGGAAGCAUCAUCGUACAUUCUAAAAAGCUGUGAGUACACGCCACUUGGACUAUUUACAUGCUGGUGCCUUUUUGGUUUCCCUCAUUACUGGUCAUUUAUUCUGAGGGGUGGUGUUAUUGAAAUAAAUCGUGCUGAUGCUAGAAGCCUAGUAACUGAAACAGAGACAAACUUCUG